AGAGUCCGUGUCCACGGUAACCCGUUUCCGUGGCAACCAUGGGGCGCACCAACACCAGCCGGAAACGCAGACGCGGACGAUGUAAAUGCGGAAAAGUUUCCCCUAAAGCUCCACCUGGUGGGCCAGCAUUGCCAGAUGUGGCUGAGAGUUCAGAGAUGCCAGAGGAGCAGCAGGGCUUCCAUGUGAAGUGCUUUUACAGUGAUCUGCCUGCUAUCCAGGCCCUCCUAGAGUCCAGGGAGUGGCUGAUCAAUAGCAGUGAUUCUCACGGUCGUCGCCCCCUGCACAUGGUCCUGUCCUCACGUGGCGCCUCAAACACCUGCCUCAGAUACCUACUGGAGCAUGGAGCUGAUGUAAACGCCACUACAGUUUUAGGGCAGACCCCUCUGCACUUUGCUGCCUCAGAGGGCCUGCUUGAGAGCACAGAAAUCCUUGUGAAAGCCGGAGCAGAUCUUUUGGCGAAGGACAAAAUGGGGCUCAACCCUCUGGACAUGGCCCACAUCUGGUGCCACAGGAAAGUAGCAAGGUACUUAAAGCACAGCAUGUGGCAUUGUGAGAAGAAGAAAGAAAUGGAGGAGAUAAAGCUGACUCAUGUUUUAUACCGAGAUCUCAUCAAUAAGGUCAAGCAGGAUCAUCUGGUCAAAAAGACUCGUAACCAUGACAAGAUGGAAGAGUGGGCGAAGAAGAAAGGCUUUCCUCCUUUAAAGGAGCUCCCCCCGAAAACCCCGGUGUCCAAAUACCACGAUCGGUGUGUUUUACCACCUACUAAGAGCCAGUCACAAGGCCUUCAGAAAAACAAGGUUAUCUCCAUAACAACGCAACCCACAGCCUCAACAAACAUCCCCCGGACCGUCUUCAUCAGCCCCCAGCAUGAGAAACCCUCUGUAGAGCCAGAUCUCAGGGAAAGUGUAACCGUGUGGGAGAACAGCAGCAGCCACAGGCUUCAGUAUAUCACCAAGUGGGACACAGAGCCACAGCCGACCCCCAAAGCACCGAGAGAUGUUGUCGAAAGAGUGUUAUUUCCCAAAGCCUUCCCUUCUAGGAUGGCCACGCCUCUGGGCUUUAAGCCACAGAACAUCGAGGAAGUCCAGCACCGAGGACAUCCCCAGGGGAGGAACACCUCUCCCUGGACUGAGGUGGCUAUGCACCUGGCUGAGGUCCUGGAGCCGGGGCACUAUUGAGCUUACGCAUUCCAGGGCAAUAUAAUCAGGUUUAAAGGGGAAAAAAACAAAAAAAACAAAGGCAUCAAUAUUUAACAGACAUUUCUGAAUAAGUAACUCCUUUACAGUGUAGACAAUCUUCCUGGCAGCACAGACUUGAUCAAGUAUCUUUCAGAACGAGCACAAACAUCCUGAAACCAGAGGAUGAGGUCAUAAUGUGCACAUCUGAGGUGCAAAUGUGUUAAAUAAGAAAUAUAAUCUGACUUCUAAAUACGUUUCAAAUCAUAAUUAUGACAACGAAAAAUAAUUUCCACACCUUUUCCAAAUUUAAAUUUGCAUAUCUUGUAAACUUCAAGGUGAAAAGCAAAACAUUUAAGGGAAGAAUACACUUUUCCAUACUUUUUAACUUUCAGUGUUCAUUAGUUUAGAGGUUGUUUCAGUGAUAUUUUUAGCUUUAAUCAAUCUGAUAUGCCUAAAAUUAAGUUUUAUUCACAUUUGCAUCCUUGAGCUAAUGCUCAAUGUUUGCAGUCAGGAUAAAAAGUAUUAGAAUAAGCCCAUCAUAGAAAGAUAUGAGAAGUGGAAAAAAUAGAUGUACUAAAUAUAAAGCCAGCAAAUAAUAAAUGCUGUCUGUAAAGCUGCAGCGAUUCCUCACAACUACUCCUAGCGUUCGGCUCGUGAAAAAUCUUUAUUUACCACAUUAUUGAACUUAAGAGGAAUUAGGAUUAUAGGACAAGUUUUCCAAGUCAAAGUUUACGGCUACAACGUUUUCAGCUUAAUGAA